AUGGCUGCGCGUGCCGAGACUCGCAAAUCCGAGGACUACUAUGUCGCCUGUUUUACGGUAAUUCCAGAAGAAUUUGCGGCCUUCAGAGAAAUGUGUGACGAACGACACAGCCGUCCGCUUGGAAUCGAUCCGCGGGAUCCCAAUCAGUACGAUUUUGGCGAAAUUGCAGGCCACAAUGUUGUGUUGUGUUGUGCAUCCCGUCCAGGCCCUGAUAACAUAGCGGCGACAGCUGCCGACCUGUUACGGAGUUUUGAAGGCAUUAAAUAUGCUCUUCUUGUCGGUAUCGGUGGCGGAGUUCCCAGCCGUGCUUACGAUGUUCGCCUCGGCGACAUUGUUGUGGCAACCCCAGGAUACCUAACCAGUGGUAUCACUCAUCACGAUCAGGGAAAGCAGCUAUCAGAUCGUUUCAAGCAUCUGAACUUCCCGGUACCUCCCCCUCGCGCGCUUCAAGGUGCUGUCGGCCAGAUGCAAACAAGGGAGUUGGUUGGAAGAAGUAAAAUACCUAACAUCAUCUCCAGCGUGGUGGGCAAGCUCCCUAACUUCAACCGACCCGAUAAUCGGUCGGACUGUCUCUUUCAAGCUGACUACGAACAUGUUGGAGAAAGAUCUGAUUGCGAUGAAUGCGACAAGAAGAGACUGGUACAGCGCAGUGCCCGUGAUAACCUAGCCCCUCGAAUUCACUAUGGGGUAAUUGCAUCCGGUAGUCUACUAGUCAGGAGUGCAGAAAAGAGGGAUUCCUUGCGGGAUCUAUAUAACGUGUGUUGCAUUGACAUGGAAGCAGCGGGCAUUAUGGGCACCUUGCCAUCUCUCGUCAUCAGAGGUAUUGGUGAUUAUGCAGACUCACAUAAGAACGACCACUGGCAGAAAUAUGCGGCAGUUGCAGCCGCUGCCUAUGCGAAGGAGCUGCUCCAGUACCUCUCGUCUCCUGUUGCCGGUUCCAGGUUUUGUUCUGAUGAGAAGUCUGGCGAGUCCAUGGCCACUACUCAGACUAGAAACCACACCGUCGAGGAUUUGCUUGAACAAAAGGCCCGUAUCAUUAGGGCCUACAACUGGAGGGAGUCGAUUAUAGAUCUUUCAAAGGUACUCGGUCUGAAAUGGGACCUGGGAUCGCGUCCGCAGCUAGCACAAGCUCUGCAGGUCAACAAGGGACCGAACGGCUCGGAGAUACAGAAUAAUGCACUACGUUGCGCCAUUAUGAAGGAGUUGAGGGUUGAGAAUGAAAAUAUCGUCAUUCCUAGUCACCUGCAAGUGUUGCGAAACUGA